AUGGCAACUAAAGGGAGAGGUGGUAGCGAUAAUGUUAAUUAUAGUUCAGCAUUAAUGAGUAGUGCUAUACAAGAUCAUCGUGCACGAACUCUUGACCUUAGUAUGCCUGGUCGUCUUUCAAAUAAAAAUAUAAUUCGACCGCGGCCGAUUCCAAGAAAUCAAAUUAAAUCAGUUAUUGAUACUGGUCUAAAAAAGAAAUCGGAAACAAAUUCAUCAGCUUCAACACAAACGUUACCCAUAACAAAACCCGAUGGUGAACGUGAAUAUGUUAUUCAAGAUUCCCAAACUAUAAUACCUCAUCGUCAGCGAGGAACAUUGGCUGAGCGUAUUGGACUGAUUCAAGUGAAAAAUAAUGACGCAGAAAAUCAUUUAACUGAAGCAGCCUGGGGUGAAAUAAAACAACGUUCAAAUGAUCGCGAAGAUUCAAAUUGUCCAUGUGCGAUAUGCCAAGAAGAUUUUGGUCUUGGACCACAAGUUUUACUAUCAUGCUCUCAUGUUUUUCAUCGAGCUUGCCUAACAACAUUUGAAAGAUUUGUUUCCUAUAAAGCGAAUGGUUCUGAUCAACGAACAUGUCCUAUAUGUCGUCGUGCACAAUAUGAAAAACGUAUCAUUUAUGAAGGCGCAAAAAUUCAUCGCGCCAAAUGUGCAGCUCGUAUACAAGCUGCAUGGCGUGGUUACAUUGUUCGACAAUGGUAUAAAAGUUUUCGUCUUGAUAUGUCAAAUAUACCAAAUGACACAAAAUUACGUCGAAGAUUUUAUCAAGAUAAAUUAUCUGAAAUAACAGAUCGCAUUGUAGCAUCAUGUGAUUUUGAUUUAAAUGAGUUAUUUAAUGAAAUUGAUCGAAAUGUGGAACGUGCACGUGCUAUUCGUCAAGCAUUUGAUGCACGAAUACGUACUAUUGAUGAAGAUGAAUGGCAACAAAUACAAGAACGUGCGAAACUACGCCAUGAACUUGAAUGUUCUAUUUGUAAAUGUUUACUACAACCAAUUAAUAUCGAAGCCGUUUUUAAAAAUAUAAAAAAACCCAUUAAAACAAAUAAAAAUAAACUAGAAAAAUUAUUUCCACAAUUAAAACCCAUCGAACAAAAACCAACUGCAAUAAAACAAGCAGAACUACAGCAACCGAAAAGACCAUUAAUAUUACUCAGUUGUACACAUGUCUUCCAUGCAACAUGUUUACAAAUGUUUGAAGAAUAUUGUUGUGAUCCAACACCUAACUGUCCUGUUUGUCGAACAGCAUAUCAAAAGAAUACUUUUUCAUUCUAA